CUUACGUAGGGUAACAAUAGGGAAGUUUCAAACUGACAUUACACAUUCACAUAAUAAAAAACGUGCGGUUCUAGAUAGCAUAUGUAAAGAAAUUAUUUUAAAUACAACAUUAGAGUGGAUUUUCGUUAUAUUUUUCUAUUGCUUUUUUUUAAAGGAAAAUAUCUAGAAACCAAAACCUUUUUUUUAAAAAAAAAAAACCUAAAACGCGUUGACAGUGUACGCUGUGGAGCUGCGUGGAGAACAAAACAAAACCUACAAGCCUUGGGCAUUCGUCAGAACACUUACUACAGAACACUUAUUCGUCAGCCACACUUACUACAGGUACAUAUAGAGGCCAUGGGGAUGGUUGACCAUCUAGUGAUCACAGGUGGAGAACUGGUGCAGAUUCUCCGGACUCGUCCGCCGGAGUUCUUCGGCUCUAAACGAUGCGUCGUCUUGGACUGCAGGCCAUUCCUUGGCUUCUCCAGGGCGCACAUUCGCGACUCCCACAACGUGAACUGGAACUCCAUGCUGCGGCGCAGGUCUAAGAGCUCCGUCGUGUGCCUGGAGUGGCUGGUGGCAGACAAGUCCCUCCUGGGCCGCUUGCGGAGCGGGGACUUCUCGCCUAUAGUGGUGCUGGACGACAAGAGUCGCUCCGUCGGAGAGCUAAAGAGCGAGAGUCUGGCCUGUCUCCUGAUCAGCGCGCUACACUUAGAGGUCCAGUCGGCCACCACGCAGAUUUGUUUCCUACAAGGUGGAUUUGAUGGCUUUUUGGCGGCUUAUCCUGAUCUCUGUUUCAACUCGCAAAAUCACCCCGCUCUCAGUGACUCGGAGCCGGUGAUAUCUGGCAGAACGACUCCCCUCUAUGACCAGGGAGGUCCGGUGGAAAUCCUGCCCUUCCUUUUUCUGGGCAGCGCGCAUCACUCGUCGCGAAGAGAGACGCUGGAGCGCUGCGGCAUCACAGCGGUGCUCAACGUCUCCUCGUCCUGUCCCAACCUGUUCGAAGAGGAGCUGCGUUACAUGACGCUGCGGGUGGAGGACAGCCUCGCCGCGGAUAUACGCGUGCUCUUCCCCGAGGCCAUCCAAUUCAUUGACUCCGUGAAGGAGAGUGGCGGUUGUGUUCUGGUGCACUGCCAGGCUGGCAUCUCCCGUUCUGCCACCAUCUGCCUGGCAUACCUGAUCCAUGCCCAACGUGUGCGGUUGGACGAGGCUUUCGACUUUGUCAAGCGAAGGCGUCAGGUCAUUUCUCCAAACCUGGCGUUCAUGGGGCAGCUGUUGCAGUUCGAGACUGACGUCCUGUGCCCCUACGCUGUUCUGGACUCAGACAACACGGCGGCACAUUUCACUAGCUGUACACCCAGGAUAGAGACCUUUAAUAACAUGCCCUCCAGGAGCCUGACUGAACCUUAGAGGCAGAAGUCUUUGCUCCAGCCUGGGCACCAAAGCCCAGAGGUUCAGAGAGGACUGCAAUGUCACAUGGACCAGUGGCUGUAAUCCAACAAGUGAAGCUUUUUUUGCGAACUGAUGCCAACUGGAUCUAAGCAGGCUUUUCAAAGGUGGGCCUCUAAUUGUAAAUUCCCUGAGAGGCCUUCACACACAUACGCAAACUGAAACAGAACCCCUCCUGCAUUCACACUAUGAUCCAACACAAUGAUGUGUAAUUUAACAUGGCUUGUUUAGUUUAGUUUGGUAGAGGGCACUGCACACGAAACUGAGCAGAUCUAUGACUGAACAGUAAGUCUCACUGUACCAUUGUGACAACAGAAAUGUUCAAAUCCUACUACCAUGUUGCUCCAGUAAUAAAGGGUAGAACAAGGCUUGGUGCAAGGUUUAGGACAGGCAUUGUAAGUCAAGCAGCAAGCCUUGUAGCUGUUGCAUGUCCACACAUUCAAAGAGGUAAAAGAGGCCUUAAUCUCACAACACCAUGUGGCCUUAUACAAGAACAGCAAACAACUACCUGACACUGCUUAGUUUUCAUAGAUAAAGGUGCUAGUGUUAGAAAGAUAGGAGUAACCAAAGAUACACAAGUUAGGUCUCAGGAGGAUAUGGAGAAGAGCAAUAUUUCAUUUUCCAGGUCGUUUCUGCCUUAUUUAGGACUCAGCCAACAUUAUCAUGCAGACUUUGGUAAUAAGCUUCUACCAGUUAUACUUCCUGAACACAUAUAAUGUCAACCUGAUUGGCUUGGUUGGUUUGUUGGUUGGUUUGCCGUGAAGCAGAUCUCGAGCUUUACCACACUCAGGGAGGGAUCAAAGGGCACGACCUCUCAAACUGUGAUUUCCAGCUGCAAGCUAGAGCAGGUGUCAUGUUCAUUACUAAUGUGUGUAAAGCAAUAUCAUCUGUUGAAUCCAUCCCAGUGAUGGUGCAAGAACUUCAAAGUUUUCCGUUUUUCUCCAUUACUCCAGUGUUUUUAGUAAAUAUUUAUUUUUAAUCCACUGAGCAGUGCACUUUACUGUAAAUAUUUUUCAAUGUCAUCUGAUAAUAUAAUGAUUAAAUUAUAUUGUGUAAAGUACUUCCAAAUGUCUAUUAAACAAAUGUGGCAUACUAUAAGGCA